AACAAUGUGGCAUCCUUUUGGUCCCAUCCCGCAGGGUAUACCCAAUGCGCUUCAUUCCCAUUUCGUCAGUCAGGAUGACAGCAAAGUCGUGUACCAGCACUGCGCUAAAGAAGAUAGAUCAUGGGCCACCCAAAGACCACAUCUAUCUUUGAGGCUAAUUCAAAGCCAGAAAACCGCCUCUUGCUUCUCCGUCAAGCCUGUCCCUCCCAGCUGUAUAUUCCAUGGGCUGAUUAUCAUUCCCUCUGCUUCUACAGCAUCGUCUCAAACAUCAUUCCUCCUUCGAGCCGCGCAUCCUUCAAUGUAUCUCGUUUACCUAGACCCUGGGAGACGCACAUAAGUCUUCCCCUUCUACUCAAAAGGACCAUGUUAGGGGACCCUGGUCUGUCCACGGACCCACGGACCGUUGUCCAACGGAUGACGGGUUUGUCUAAGCACUCAGUCCAAACACCCUCGGACCUUGCAGUUCUCGUAUAUUUACCAGACAUCCUAGUAGGAUUAAUCCCGACCGGCCACCGUUGCCUGAGUCUGCGAGCAAGCUGGCAAAGGCUCCUUGACGUCUGCAUCAUCCCCAUUUUGGCCAUUGAAAAUGUCUCAUACUGCUUGGAGCUACACUUAGCCCGGCUAGUUGGCAGUGUUAGGACCCAACAGAAACUCAAAUCACAAUAGUCCUGUCCCGCUCAUCGCGACCAACUUUCUUCCAUAACACAACAUUGGCCUGUUCACGCACUCCAUGCAUGUGCGCCCAUCUGUUAAUGGUGUAGCUGGUUGGCAAUCAUUGCUCAUAUACCCCCUUGGCUAUACCUUCUUUGUCUCUGCCGCGCCCCUCCUCUGUGAUCACCCUCCCCACUGUCUACCUAGAUAGCGCUGCAUUAUCUAGGGCUGGAUGAUAUUGUGGAAGCCUAUGGUUUGGACGCCCCAUGUCUGUUAUCCUUUGAUG